CCCAGCAUGCACCGCGGUGUCUGCAGUGUAAUUAUUCACAAAGGAAAGAGGCUGAAGAGAGACAGCAACAAGGUGGAUAACACGCACAGGUCUUUGUGAUAGUCGUCACUUUAGUCAAAACCAAAUGCUGACAGUAAGUAACGUGUCAUGGCCCUGAGCAGCUGAGAGUCGGCGCCUUUCGGAUCCGGGGGGUGGUGGAGUCUUCCUGGCUUGAUAUCAGCAGAGACGAGCGUGAGGGGGGCUCGGGCAGAGAGUGGACGGGGCGGGGUCGGAGCUCAGCUGGAGCCAAUGCAGCAGCAGCAGCAGCAUCGACAGCCUGAGCUGGUGGAAGGAAGCCUUCCUGUGUUCGUUUUCCCCACUGAGCUCAUCUUUUAUGCUGAUGAGCAGUCAUCUCACAAGCAGGUGCUCACCCUCUACAAUCCUUAUGAGUUCGCCCUCAAGUUCAAAGUGCUGUGCACGGCGCCAAACAAGUACUCUGUGGUUGAUUCCACUGGAGCUGUCAAGCCACAGUGUUGUGUUGACAUAGUUAUCCGACACCGGGACGUGCGGGCUUGUCAUUAUGGCGUCUACGACAAGUUCAGGCUGCAAGUGUCCGAGCAGAGUCAGCGGAAAGCUCUGGGUCGUAAAGAGGUGACGGCCACGCUCCGGCCCUCAGCCUCGCAGGAGCCGUCCGGCCCUCGAUUCCACGACGAGGAGCGCAGAACUAAAGAGCAGUUUGCAGACAGCGAGUUCUUUGAGCAGACUGCCUUUCAGACAGAGAGCCGUCCUGUCGCUGGAGGACCCAGUCUGCUGACGGUGCUGCUGGGACUGGUGUGCAUGGCCGCCCUGAUGCUCCCCACACUGGGGGAGCAGGAAUCCACUGUGCCUGUCUACCUCCACUUAAGUGUUAACAAGAAACUGGUAGCUGCUUAUGUUCUUGGUCUUCUCACGAUGGUCAUCCUGCGUACAUGAAGUUCUUUAAACUGAAAGGAUGAUCGAAUCUAAAGGGUGAAGAGCAUCAAACCAGAGGCACUACUUCAUACUUCCAUGAGUAGGACUGACACCAGGAGGGCAAACUCCUGAAAGUCCUCUGAGAUUUCCAUCUUCUUUUAUUUUGUAAAACUUGUUGUCAGUUUCACACAGGUGUGUUUUGUCACCUGCGGUGUGUGCACCGCAGGUCGGAGCAGUGGUCGUGUGAGCGGAGAUAUCUGUGAAGAAACAUGAGGCCGGUCAGCGUCAGCCGGCUUCACGAUGUCUGUAUUUUAAUCAUCAUUAUGUGACAGAAUGUGGUCGGUUUGUGUGUGAAGGAAUCGUGUACAUAAAGCCAUUAAAACAUCC